AUGCCAGGCACGAGCGCCAACCUCCUGCGGCCCAUCAGCCAGGACUCCGAGGUCGGGCUGGACGUCUCCACCUGCCAGCAGAUCGACCUGGGCGGCCUGUGCCCCGCCUGGGCCCAGAGGUUCCUGACCAGGUUCGCGGUGAGCCGUGCCAUCCAGUGGGGGGAGCAGAUCCGCAGCCAGUGCCGGUUGCUGGAGGAGGCGCGCCAGGGGGUCCCCCGCGCAGGGCCCGCGGCCGUGCCGCCUCCCGUCGAGGAGAGCGCCCGUGCCGCAGAGUCCGUGGACCGCCUCGAGCGAAGCCGAAGCCGCGACCAGGAGCCCAUGUCUGGCGAGGAGGGGCCCUGA